UCAAAAUGACAGCUGAAAAAGCGUCACCUUUUUUAAACUGUUGUGAAUGUUUGUAAACCGUUUUCCCAGCUUUUAUCUUUGAAAACGUAUUAAAUUUUACCUUUUGCUUCCGCUUUCCAAAAAAUCCAAAGGGUUCUCGUGUUUUUAACUGUAUCUGUAACUGUGUGUGCAAUUGUCUCAUAGUGGUUAUAUGAUGUUGGGCGAAAAUGCAACCCCUCCUCGGAGGGACGCCUUACGGCGCUCUGUGCUGAACUUUUCAACCCCCCUUCGAAAAAGUACAGCGGCUUCUGCGACCCCUUCAAUGGAACCCCAUGACGAAGAGAAAGAGCGGUCUGGUAGGCGCAGUAUGGUGGUGUUGUUAAAACGACUUAGUAGCAUCCCAUCACCGUCUGUGGAGACAGGGCAUUUGUUGUCAGAGCGCGAAAUUCAAGACCAGUUGCGUAUUUGCACGAAACUGUACUCUGAAAAUAGAAUUUCUUCGAGAAACGCCUGGGAGCUGCACAUCAUCGAUGCAAUCAGAAAAAUCGUCUCCCAAAACCAGGCAAAUCUUAUGCAAGUUGCUGGCUCUUCCCUGGACGUUGGCUCCAAAAUCUACAGUUUGCGCAUUGACGACGCCCACAAUAAAGCGAUCCAACUUGCUAGCAAUGUUGGUAAAAGUGACCGAAAACAAGCCCAGGCGGCUGAAGAUGACAACGUGACUGAAAACCCGCGUGAAAAAAGGCGACAAGUGCGUAAAAAAGUCCUCAAAAUUCUGGCCGAUAAAAAAACGAUUAUUGACGAAGAGGGUAAAUCGCUGUUUGGCCCAAUCAAGCCGAUGGAAUCGGUCGUAUUUGCUACCAAAGAGAAUAUCGAAGUUAGCGCAAUUGAUAAUUUGUUAACUUCCAAGGUUCCGGUAAACCCCGCCAGUCACAAAUUCAUGUUGUUGAGCAAUGAAAAGUAUUGGACUACGAAACCUGAUGAUAUUUUAAAAUACCAAGACCAAGUUGUUGAUAAUGACUUGCCGCCAGUGUCGUCAUUUGACUUAUGUGUACGUUUUAAAAAUUUUGAAAUUGGGACGUGGUCGCCUGAGGAUGAAGCCAACUUACUGGAGGAAACGUUUAACACUGUACCACCGGCCGCCCUGGACGAGAAUGGGGUUCCUAUUCCAGAGCUCGACGGUUCAAUUCCUGACAUUUUUGCAGAUAAUGACGACGCUCCCAUGGACGUCGAUCCGACCAGCGAUACGGAGCAACAAGAAGUGUUUCAGAUGCAAUUACAUGAUGGUAUUAAUCAUAUAGCUGAUGCGGUACCUCAAGAAUAUCGCAUUGAAACCGAUUACGGUUACAACGCUCUUGUAAGGGGACAAUCGGGAAUGUAUUUUGAUAAAAUUUGGGCGGGACCGUGCCAUUGGAAAGUUAAAUUUAUUAAGAAAUCGACAGCACGUUAUUCGGGAAGUACCGUUCAACAAGUGGUUAAACAAACAAGGAAGAAAAACGAACCGGAACCGAUUAAUUUUCUAGAACCAUUUUUUGAUACGACGAAAUCAUUGAAAAAAUUUGUUAUAAAAAGAAGGCCUGGCACGACUGAUUUUGAAAAGGUUACAUAUCCUGUGCUUGAUUGGUGGGUCGACGGUUUCCUAAAAAAGAAAAACUUCUUUUCCUUGAAACCUAACACACUUUUUGCAAAACCAAACACCACCGAGAAGAACCCCGACUUUGAAGUGCCAAUCUACAACUAUGAGAACCCGAAUGAUUCGCUUUAUUGCUCACUACCUAACACCGAUGACGCAAAUGAUGGAGCAAGCGAUCAUUCCUUUGAGGAGGAUAUGCCACCAGUUGAGCAACAACAAUUUUUGGAAGGAAAUCUGGUCGAUGCCCCCGAAAUUGUUUCAGUAAAUCAUGUCACGUAUGCAAUGCAUGCCAAAAAAAUCGACAUGAAAAAACUCAAAACCUGUAUCUGGAAACACUUAACUGGGGGGCAGCAGGAGACUGUAAAACCAACGAGAUUCUCCACUGUGUAUGAACAGAUACCAGUGUUGGCUCCAGAAAUGAGCAAGAAUUUAAGCCCCCAUUUGGGCAUUUUGUCUCUGCUGCAUCUUUGCAACGACCAUAAUCUGUGUUUGAAACCAAUUGACCAUCAGGGAGAUUUUAUUGUAAUGGACGCACAAAAUUAAAGUUAUUAUUCUCUUUCUACUCUUAAUUUGUAUAAUUUGUUAGUUUGUGUAGUUUUAUUUUUAAGUACACACAAUUUUAAAGUUUUAAUCGACUCUCUGUGAUCUGUAAAACAAUAAAUAGUACUAAAAGUA